GGCGCUGAUUGGCCGCGGCGAGGCCACGCCCCCCGCGCGGCGGCGCUGUCCCGGUGCUGAAGGCGCCAUGAGCGGCGGCGUCUACGGCGGCGACGAGGUCGGGGCUUUGGUGUUCGACAUCGGCUCCUUCUCGGUGCGCGCGGGAUAUGCCGGCGAGGACUGUCCCAAGGCCGACUUCCCCACCACGGUGGGGCUGCUGUCCCCGGAGGAGGUGGCACUGGAGCUGGACGGGGACAAGGACAAGAAGGGCGGGAAGGUUUAUUACAUCGACACCAACGCGCUGCACGUGGCGCGGGAGGGCGUCGAGGUCCUGUCCCCGCUCAAGAACGGCAUGAUCGAGGACUGGGAGUGCUUCCAGGCCAUCCUGGACCACACCUACGGCAAACACGUCAAGUCGGAGCCGGGGCUGCACCCGGUGCUGAUGUCGGAGGCGCCGUGGAACACGCGCGCCAAGCGGGAGAAGCUGACGGAGCUGAUGUUCGAGCACUACAACAUCCCGGCGUUCUUCCUCUGCAAGACGGCCGUGCUCACCGCCUUCGCCAACGGCCGCAGCACGGGGCUGGUGCUGGACUCGGGGGCCACCCACACCACGGCCAUCCCCGUGCACGACGGCUACAUCCUGCAGCAAGGUAUCGUCAAGUCGCCGCUGGCCGGGGAUUUCAUCUCCAUGCAGUGCCGGGAGCUGUUCCAGGAGCUCAACAUCGACAUCGUGCCGCCCUACAUGAUCGCCGCCAAGGAGCCGGUGCGGGAAGGGGCCCCCCCGAGCUGGAAGAAGAAGGAAAAGCUGCCGCAGGUGUCCAAAUCCUGGCACAACUUCACCUGCAACGAGGUGAUCCAGGACUUCCAGGCCUCGGUGCUGCAGGUGUCGGACUCUCCCUACGACGAGCAGGUGGCGGCGCAGAUGCCCACGGUGCACUACGAGAUGCCCAACGGGUACAACACCGACUACGGCGCCGAACGGCUCCGCAUCCCCGAGGGGCUCUUCGACCCCUCCAACGUCAAGGGCCUCUCGGGGAACACCAUGCUGGGCGUGGGGCACGUGGUGACCACGAGCAUCGGGAUGUGCGACAUCGACAUCCGGCCGGGGCUGUACGGCAGUGUCAUUGUCACCGGGGGGAACACGCUGCUGCAGGGCUUCACCGACCGCCUGAACCGCGAGCUGGCCCAGAAAACGCCCCCGAGCAUGCGCCUGAAGCUGAUCGCCAGCAACAGCACCAUGGAGCGGCGCUUCAGCCCCUGGAUCGGCGGCUCCAUCCUGGCCUCGCUCGGCACCUUCCAGCAGAUGUGGAUCUCCAAGCAGGAGUACGAGGAGGGCGGCAAGCAGUGCGUGGAGCGCAAGUGUCCCUGAGGGGACCCCGAAACCCAUCGGGAGGGGCUGAGGGGGACCCCAAAACCCCUCGUGAGGGGGACCCCAAAGCCCUUCAUGAGGGGCCUGAGGGGGACCCCAAAACCCCUUGUGAAGGGGACCCCAAAACCCCUUCAUGAGGGGGCUGAGGGGGCCCCAAAACCCCUCGUGAGGGGGACCCCAAAACCUCUUCAUGAGGGGGACCCCAAGGCCUCAUCGUGAUGGGGACCCCAAAAACCAUCGUGAGGGGGACCCAAACCCUUCAUGAGGGAGACACCAACCCCUUCAUGAGGGGAACCUCAUAUCCCACCAUGAGGGGCCUGAGGGGGACCCCAAAACCCCUCGUGAGGGGAACCCCAAACCCUUCAUGAGGGGGCUGAAAGGGACCCCAAAACCCCUUCAUGAGGGGCUGAGGGGGACCCCAAACCCCUUCAUGAGGGAGACCCCAAACCCCUUCAUGAGGGGGACCCCAAACCCCAUCGUGAGGGGAACCUCACAUCUCACCAUGAGGGGGCUGAGCGGGAGGCACCGCGCGUCGGUGCCGGGGGUGGGUGGGGGUCCCCGAUUUCGCUGUUUUCAGCCCCCUCCGCCCCCCCACAAAAAUAAAAAAAAAUUAAAAUUAAAAUUAAAAUAAAAGAAGCGGC